AUCAUCUAUUGACCAAUAACAUUAUCAAGCAGUUAACGGCUUUUUUUUCUUCUUCUUUCACACAUGAAUUCAUUGAAUCUUGCUACCACCCAAGUAAGAACAAUUAUGAAGAGAAAAAGAUCCCCCAAAUCGCUGCCUCCUCCACCAUCAACCCCUCCAACACCCCAAACCCAAACCCGCCACUCCACCAACGUCUCUAAAUCACGGGUAUGGAUCCCUCUAAACAUAACCCGACAAGAACUCUCACUACCCCUCACAUUCCCCACCGGCCAAACCUUCCGUUGGAAAAACACCGCUCCUUCUCAAUACACUGGCGUCGUCGGGCCCCACCUCGUAUCCCUAAAACAACUUCAAAACGGCGACGUAUGUUACUCCCUUCACUCCCAAUCCCAAUCCAACGACGAUGCCAAAUCGGCAUUGCUUGAUUUCUUGAACGCGGACGUUUCUCUGGCUGACACGUGGAAGGUUUUCUCGGCUUCUGAUGAACGAUUUGCGGAACUGGCGCAACAUUUGAGUGGUGCUAGGGUUUUGAGACAAGAUCCUUUUGAAUGCUUGAUUCAGUUCAUGUGUUCUUCUAAUAAUCAUAUUAGUAGAAUCACUAAAAUGGUUGAAUAUGUUUCGUCUCUUGGGAAUUUCUUAGGUCAUGUUGAAGGUUUUGAUUUCCAUGCUUUCCCAACUCUUCAACAGCUUUCAUUGGUCUCCGAGCAACAACUCAGAAAUGCUGGUUUUGGUUACAGGGCUAAGUAUAUAGUUGGCACGGUAAAUGCUUUGCAAUCGAAACCUGAAGGUGGGGAAGAAUGGCUUCGUUCUCUUCGAAAAUUGGAGCUUCGAGAUGUUAUAUCUGAACUUUCAAAGUUACCUGGAGUGGGUCCUAAAGUUGCGGCUUGUAUAGCUCUAUACUCGCUUGAUCAACACCAUGCUAUUCCUGUUGAUGUUCAUGUGUGGCGGAUUGCUCAAAAGUAUCUCUUACCCGAGCUUGCAGGUUCCAAGUUGACACUGAAGCUUUGCAAUCGUGUUGCAGAGGCUUUUGUAACAAAAUAUGGUAAAUAUGCCGGUUGGGCUCAAGCUGUUUUAUUUAUUGCUGAGUUGCCUUCACAAAAGGCCCUUCUACCUUCACAUUUGAAAACUACCAAACAGCAGACUCCCACAAAGAGAGAAAACCGUGAAGAAGCUGAGUGACACUCAUGGGUGGUGAGUCUGGGGAUAUGAAUGCUGGAGACUCAGGCAUGACACACUGAAGUCAAUAUUUUAUGAGAUUGAAUAUGGUGAUACUGAUAUCACAAUGCUGAGUGAUGAAUGAAGUGUGAUGUUUCAACUACUAUACACAGGUUCUUCUACUAUGCAUAUUGUUACCUGCUCUUUCCCUAACCUUCAAUCUUGGUUGACAGAGGUGGACAAUGAAAUAUCAGUAGAGGACAUGGGCCAAACAGAGGUGGUAAAUGAACUACUGGCGGAAACUGUAGUAGUUGCAGACAUGGAAGAUAAACUGUUGCCAGAUUAAAUAGUGGCGAUGAAAAUAUAGGUCAACAGUCAAUAAUAACUUAUAUCAGAUGUGGAUAACUUAUCACCAUUCACGAGGCUUGGUGUCUGUUCUGUGUUUCUCUUCUUCCCUUACUAUGAUGAUUCUCUGUUUCACUUCUUUUAUAUUUGAGACUAAUAGGGAUUCUUGGAUGACUGAGUGAAAAUGCAAACAGAGAUAGAGGGUGUGAGAUCAGUAAGAAUUCACAGCUAUUAACAUUGACCUGCACUGCAUGUCCAUUGUUUUCUCCCAACAAUUCAUCGUCUGCAUCAACCAUGUCUUCCACCAAUAGUUCAUUGUCUACUCUCGUGUUGACCAUGCAUUCCUUGCAUUUUAUUAGUUUCAGAUUGAUUUGUUGUAAUUGAUAUUCUGUAUCUUUCUUCUUCAUUAGGAGGAAGAUUUAUUUUCCUUUCUAUUUAAAUAAACACUUCACACAAUUGAUUAUGGAUUCUGAUAUUUAGGCUAAUUGUUUAUUGUGAAUUUGACACAACUUCUGAGAAACUGAAUAAAAAACGAAAAGAUGGAAUACACACUAUACAUGGUGAUGGACUGACGGUGAGGAUAAGACGAGGAUUUGAUGAGAGAAUGCAUGUAAUGGACUUCUAAACUGUCAGCUGUUAGAUUAAUCUAAAGGGUGUAUUUUAUUGUUGAGAGAGAUUGACAGAAAAAGAAAUUGAGAGGAUCCGGUUCCAUUCCUGAUCCGUAUCCUCACUUGCCACAAUGUCUGCAACUAUGCCUGCUUCACUAUUUUGAUCCAUGUGAUUAAUCUAACGGCAUAGAAUUUGACACAACCAAAUAAAAAUUGUAAAAACAAAUUACAUGCUUUUACAUUGUAGAAAGUUAGAAACCCUUUCUCACAAGUGAAAUCAAUCGACUUGAGAGAUGAAGGGGUCACGCCUCAAUUGCAGUGACGAUUGUUUGCAAGAACCCAACUCACUUUGGUGUGGCAGGUUGGCAGGGUCGGCAAAUUUAAUUAUGUUGAUGGAUUUGGGGCUUCAUUUUGUUAACUAUUGUAAUUGGGAUUAAACAAUACUUGCAUUUUUAGGUUUUCUUUGUUUUAUAAUCUUGCUAUUAAGAGAUUGGGCAAAUUUUGAAUUUGAUAUUGCUAUUGUAUCUUGGGAGUUACUUUUGCCGCCCUACCAUUUUCUCAAACAAAGUAGCGGACGACAUUUUUCCCUAAAAUUUCUCAUUUUAUAGCAUCUGCCACCUAAGUAGCGGAUGAGUAAAAAUAGGGCGCACGAUAAACACGUAGGGCGGCAAAAGUAACUAUGCAUUAUAAGAACAAAGAAUAAAGAGAACUGCGUAGUAGAAAAAACAUAACAUUGUGCCAAAAAAUGAUUGCAAAUGUUCAACAAGGUUCGUAAAAAAAGGGUUUUAUCUUGAACUGAAACUGCCAUGGCAUAUGAAGGAGCAAGGAAACUUUCUGGCAAAAUUAAAAGAAGGUGGUGUACCAAACACAAGCUCUUC